AACGAACACCUGGGCAGCGAGACCGCGGAAACGUAUCCAGACCAGACCAGACUCGCUGGAAAUAGCGAGGCAAGCCGCAAACAGCAGCAGCGCACCACCGCCUCCGGCCCCUACCCAGCCGCCGAUGCCGCCCCGCGCCGCCGCCGGCGACCUCAGCUGAGCAUGGCGGCCGCCCCCGCGGGCCCCCAGAACCGCUGCGUCUUCGUUGGGAACAUUCCGUACGAUGCGACGGAGGAGCAGCUCGUGCAGAUAUGCGAGGAAGUCGGGCCGGUGGUCUCCUUCAGACUGGUUGUUGAUAAGGAAACCGGAAAGCCGAAAGGUUAUGGAUUUUGUGAAUACAAGGAUGAAGAGACAGCUCUAAGUGCACGCCGGAACCUUCAGGGUCAUGACGUUAAUGGUCGUCAGUUACGUGUUGAUUUUGCUGAAAAUGGGAGGAACACUGACAGAAAUAGAGAAAAGGGUCGUGGAGGACCGGGAAUGUCAUCUACUGUUGAUGCUCAGAAACAAUUAACCACAACUCCCGCUGUAGGGGACACCAGCCUUCAUCAGCUUAUUGGUCUUCCACCGGCAAUACACGCUGCAUCUGUGAUGGCUGGCGUUCUUGGGGGAGCUCAAACUGCAAAUGUACAAAAUGGUUUACCUGUCCAAUUUGGGCUUGGAAACGACCCUCUUACCCAUUACUUGGCCAGGAUGUCAAGGCAUCAGUUGUAUCAAAUCAUGUCUGAGUUGAAGACCCUAACUACUCAAAAUAACGACCUUGCCAAAAAACUGCUGCAAGGAAUUCCACAGCUUCCAAAGGCCCUAUUUCAGGCACAGAUAAUGCUCGGGCUGGUGACACCUCAGAUGAUGCAGAUGGCUAAGAGCCAACAGCCCUCUAGCUCGUUGGCACAAUCUUCUCACCUCAAUGAAUCAUUUCCGCAGCCAGAUGCUGUGCUACCAAUUGUUCAUAGACCUCCACCAAACCCUAAUGCCAUGCAGGAACAAACUGCACCGCUGCAUAACUUUCCUCAGUAUCAGCAUUCAUCUCAGCCUCCAGUCAAAAUGUUUCCGCAUGGACAUCAGCCUGGGGUGCUGGCACACCCUCCAAUGCUAUCUCAGCCCUUCGGCACCUCUUCCAGUGUUCCUACUCAACCCCUUGUAAACUCAGGAGGCUUGAUAUCACAAGUUCAGCCUUCAUUUUUGACACAGCACCCUAGACCACCAGUUAUGCCAACUAAUGUACAGCAACUACCCUUGACCAAUCCUCAUCUCCCCCAGGUUGGUGCUGAACCUGAGAUACUCCCCAAUGAGAUUAGAUUGCCUGAUCGAGCUAGUCAUCAGGCAGAGUUAGACCAUCCCUCGAAAUUGAGAAAAUUGGAGGAUGGAACAUCAACGCCAGGAAUUGUAAACAAUAGUCCUGCUGUUUAUUCUGCUCCAUCGCAGGUAGUGGUCCCUACUGGACCAUCAGGGAGCUAUAGUUCUGGUGCUGUUCACUUCCAGCAACCAGAGAAUGAAGCGCCUCAGCUCACACAGGACGACGAGUCAGCCCUUCUGCAGCAAGUCUUACAACUAACACCUGAGCAGCUGAGUUCAUUGCCAGUGGAGCAGCAGCAGCAGGUGCUACAGCUUCAGAAGAUGCUAUCAGCUGGUAAAUAGCGGCAUAACACCAGCUGAUUAAGCACAGCGAAAUUGUUAACCUACAUAGUCAAACAUUGAAGAAGGCUCGUCUAGCCACACACACACACACACGUAACUUCUCAACUUUGUUGGUAUCUCUGGGCCAUCAGUUUUGCUCCUGAUGACUGAUUUAUUUGGCAUUCUUUGUAAAGUUGAGGUAAAAAUGUGGUGGCAAAAGAAGUUGUGAAGAAAGAUGAUAAUUGUCCAUUAGUUCUGUAACAUUUUAGAAAAGAAUAAUCUUAUGAAGAGAGGGAGUUGUAUUUGUGUUC